AUGAAGGCAUAUCAGUGGCUCGUAGUCUUGGCAAUUCGCGCCCUUGCAGCCCCCUUGGUCACAAGUCCGCACUUUGCCGAACAAAGAGUUGUCCAGAGCUCCGACGGCUUCCAAAAUGGUUCUGCUCCCGUGGGUAAAACCUGUUUCCAAGUUUCCCCGAAUCACAACACGACAUUCAACACGCACAACUUGGUUCUACGAGGGGCCAUUCUCAAGCGGCAAGCCAGCCCAAAACACACGGCAUCACGUCCAGUAAAGCUGCCGACUAUAGAGGAGCACCCGGUUAUAUCGGCAGAAGAAGCGUCCCGGAUAAAGCUGCCCGGCGGCGGCAAACCAGGAGUCUUCUAUCGCGGCGACUCCCGCCCCCCGUCCCAAGUAUUUGAGUCGGGGUUCGCCCCCAGAGGCCACGACCUCAGCCUGCAGCGUCACCUGAGUUUUGUCGGCGAGUCGGGCCUGGUGUCCCUCUCCCGAUCGCGCCGAUCGGCCGAGGGAUACGCGUUUGGCCGGACGGGGGCCAAGACGGGCAGGGGCUACGUGUACGUCGUGUCGCCCACCGACGUGCCCGACGGAUACUGGGUGCCGGGCCUCUUCCCGCCGGAGAAGAAUCCCGCCGUCGGCCAGAACCAGGAAUUCGCGGCGACCGGUCCCAUUCCCGGCUCGAGCAUAUCCCACGCCUACGAGGUCUACGAGGACAAUCCGUCCGACAAGUCUCGCAAGAUUCACAAUGACAACUACGCGCUGAGGGGGGCCCCGGGGUGCGCUCAAAUGAAGAGGAGCAUGACCAUGUGCGACCCGGCCAAACUCAUGGAUGACGAGGUGUGGCUCGCCAAGUCCGUCCGUCCGGGCCGGCUUGGGCCGCCGCAGCCGCCGGGCACCACAAAGAUAAAAAUCCCCGGGGCCUCGCCGGAAAUGAUAGACCGUCCAGCAGGCGGCAAGGGCAACAGCAGCCCACAUGCAAGCCGCCCUUUCAAGCCCAGCACAAAGACUGUGACCAGACUCCGGGUCGCUGGCCAGCUGGGCUUCGUGGCAACCAUUUCUCUACUAGCACCGUACGCGCACAUGGCGCUCAAUGCGCUGAAGGAAUGGGAUCACCCUAUCGGCCACGCAGUGGCGUGGUUCGACGACGCCAUCAACAGCUUCCAGGAGUCCCUCGGCGGCAAGCAGGUGCCCGAGAUUUACGGAAACGAGCUCAAGCUCCGAAUCAUCUGCUGGAUCAGGGGGGAGCAGAGGUUCCCCAACGCCGUGGACCGGGCGUGCCAGCGGCUCUGGGACAAGGACGCCGGGCGGACGGAGCAGGACGACGAGAGGGACUGGCAGACGGGGCUGGCCCAGCUCCGCGAGGCCUGUGGGAAGGCGGCCGUGACGCCGCCGGCCGAGGCUGGUCUGCGCGACGCCAUUCUCGGGCACUGCGAGGCACUCGAGGACAGCAUUCUGCGGCUCAACGAGGCGAGGACCCAGCUCAUCGCCCACCGCGAGCGGGUGCAGGAAAAGGUGGACGCGGGCGGUCGCGUCGAGCCCGAGGAUAUCGACAAGGCGGCCGAGUAUAUUUCCGACGGGGCAUUUCCGUCGUUCCCGAGCGAUGACGGGGACAAGGUCUGGGAGUUGGCUGCCUGGUACAUGGGCGACGUGAAGGCGCAGAAUAUGGACAUGACACUUGAAACGGAGAGCGACACGGAGCCCGAACCUAUGGAGGUGUCACCGGAGACGGCAUCCGAGGACAGUCAUUCUGCGCCGGCUGAUCCGCCAGCUUGGCUGGCUGCAUCUCGAGUUGUGGCCGGGGCUAUAGCCUUGGAUGAAGCAGUCGGCAGGGAGGUGCUGGCUCUGGUGGAUGAAGGGCCAUAUGUAGGUUUGUUCGACGAGGCGCCUCCGCACGCAAACGAGACUUGCUACUCGCCCGCUGGUCUCGCGAGAGCCCAGCCGGGCGAAGUCUGGGACAGGAUCUCUGCUGCGCUGGUCUACAUUGAGCAGAACGUAGCAGAGGGAAUGAAGCGAGUUUGCAAGGGAUGCUACAGGGGGCGCGAUGAAUGGGCGUUGGCAUGUGGUUCGACGAGUGCCUGA